AUGGAGAGGCAUCCCCAAAGAAUUGCGGCUAUGGGCGAAUUUGAAUUUCCUGAAGAAAUUAUUCACCAAAUUCAAUCUUUGAUGUCUGAUCAAAGGGAAGCUGCUCGAACGACUCUCGUCUCCAAGUCCUGGUACGGCGCGUGGUCCACGCGCCCCAACCUUAGGUUUCAUGAAUUCGAGUUGGGAGAAAGGUUUCCGCAGUGGGCGAGGAAGACGUUGCAGAGGUAUGAAGAUCUCAACCUAAACAUCCAAACUUUCAAUCUACGGAUGUAUAAAGACGAUUCUCUGGCUAGAGAAUUGAUUUUGAAAGCGAUCAAAUUGGGGGUUAUUGAUCUCACAAUCGAAUAUAUUAAGUGGUGGUUUGAUUUACCAGAUGAGGUGCUUGAAUCCCAAACCCUAACUCGAUUAUCUGUUUCUGGCUGCACAGUUGAUCUCGGGAGGAGGAAGAAGAAAGAGAUAAUAACUUGUUCCACUCUUAAAUCCCUUACUCUAUCCGGUGUCUAUGUAAAUGGUGAUUUCUAUGAGGGUUUGAUUUGGAGAUUCCCUCUGAUUGAGGAAUUAACAUUGAAACAACCGAAGAGGCUUGUGUUUGAUGUUGGUGCGAUGCUGAAACUGCAUAAGCUCAAGUCUUUGCGAAUGGAGUCCUUGUUAGUCUUCAUAGUUGAUCUGGAGAGAAGGAAUAAACCGCUAACCUCUUCCAAUCUUAAAUCACUCACUCUAUCCAGCACUCUAACUGAGGGUGAUUUUAGUUAUUUGAGUCACAGAUUCCCAUUGCUUGAGGAAUUAACAGUGGAAGGUUGCUUCAAACCCUUUCUUCCUUUUUAUGGUUGUACGACCAAACUGAAUAAGCUCAAGUUUUUGCAAUUAGUGCGUUUGAAUACCCAAGACAGCUUAACCCAAUCUGAGUUGUGGCUUCAAUUUCCUUGCCUCAACACAUUGGUGAUUAGGGAUUGCCUCUUUAAGGCUAAUGGGAACGAUGUAAUUAGAAUUUGUAGCCUAUCACUCGACUGCGUAACCAUUAGCUCAUGCGGUACAAAAACUAAAUUGGAGUUUGAUGUUCCAAAUAUGCGGAAAUUCAAGUUCGAGGGUUAUGAUGUGCCGCGCCUUAAGUUGAAAACAAGUAGUAGGGAAUGGGAGUCGGAUAUACGCAUAAUCUGCUGCGUAGAUAUGGGCAGUGCGUCGUGGUGGUGUUCGUUGAAGCAGUUUGUGAAACUAAUGAGCCCAUCCCGAGUCUCUCUGGCUCUAUACGUGAACCUGCCGCAACUUGGUGAUCAAAAUGGAUAUGUUGGAGAUGGUUUAGCUGUGCCUGUAGUUGAGAAUUUGACGAUAAGCGGUUCGGUCUUUUCGCAAGUGUCGCUGGCAUUUCUGAAUGCUUUGCUUCAGAGUUGUGGGCCCAACUUCGUUAACAUUCAAAGAAAAUGCGUGAGAGGUAUAGAGAAAGAGAAUGUGGAACAGUUUCCACACUUGAGCUCUCUGCCAUGGAACACGUUGUUAGAUGAUUCAACGAAUCAUUUGGGAGAAGAAUUCGUUCGAUUCCAACUCAUACAGGGACCUAGAUCGUUUCCUAGUAUUGAAGAUUUUUAUGGGUAA